CUCAACAGAAAGAGGCCAGCAAGAGGUGGGAUCAGGAAAAUGGCCCAUGGUUUAGCUCUUAGAGGAACCAUGAUCAGAGCUUCAUGUGGCAGAGGAUACUCUUUAAAUCUGAAUUCAAACAGGUUGAAGAGCGUUCCUGAGUUUGUUUCCCGAUUCCCAAACCUCUCAGUCCUUCUGUUGUGCCACAACUCCAUCUCUGACCUCCCAACCCAACUCCAGUCUCUACGUCACCUAACAGAGCUGAAUUUGGGAAAUAAUGCCCUGAGGGAGUUUCCUGUAGUCCUCAGCCACCUGGGUUCACUGACAAAACUCGACCUGUACAACAACAAAAUUAACGUGGUGUCACCUGACGCAAUUGGUAACUUAGGAAACCUUGUUGUCCUCAAUCUCAACCACAACAACAUUCAAAGGUUACCACCAGAAAUUGGCAGGCUGAGGAAGCUUCAGCACUUCAGCAUAGUUGACAACAAGCUGGAGGAGCUUCCUGGUGAAGUUGGUUGUCUUAAAAAGCUGUCAGAGCUCAACCUUACCUAUAACAAUCUCUCAAGCCUACCUAAGCAGCUGUACUUUUGCAGAAACCUCAUAAAGCUGUACGCAGCCAGAAACAGGCUGACCAACCUGCCAGAGGGAAUAACAGCUCUUAUUAAACUCCGAGUUCUGGAUGUGGCUGGGAACAUGCUGUCCAUAUUUCCCGUAGAGUUCCACCUGCUGCACCUGACGGAGCUGUACUGUGACGGGAACUGGCUGAUUAAACUUGAACCGGUGCCAUUACUGCCGCAGCCUCAGAUGCUGUCACUGAAGGAACUGGCUGCCAGGCUUGUUUUGCUAGAAGUCAGAAAGAAGUUCUCGCUGAUCAAACUGAGCCUUCCUCACUACCCAGAGCUGAACGACCUGUUGUCCAGCAGCAGGUGUUGUACGGAGUGCAAUGGGCCCUUCCUCGGCACCUGGGUGGAGUGCGUGCAUUUUGUCAGUCUGCAGAAGGAGAUGAACUUGAGGAGUUGGCUCACUAUUCCAGUCCGGGCUCUCCUGUGUUCAUACAACUGCUUCAGAGCAGAAGGACCCUGCUACUAUGGCGUUGAGACGAAAUAAAUGCAGGACUACUGAAGGAUGCUCGACUCUGUGGCCACAGAGUCAAGUGGUCACUAGCUUUCAUACGACUCACUGAGGGGAAACGUCAGGCUUGAAGCUUAAAGGAUGCCGGAGGAGAAAGCUAGAGAAAGAGAGAUAGAGGGAGGGAUGGAGAGAACUUCAUUGCAAGCAAAUUAAUUUCUCAUCCACGCCCCCAGAGCCUAGCAGCUUGUUCACUUGCUGCCGCGGCCGCCACUGCUGCUGCUGCUGCCGCCGCCGCUGCUGCUGAGCGUGUGUCUGCUGAGUCGGAGCCUCAUACAUAAUGCAUCAGGUUUAAUUGCAAACCCAGAAACUAAUGACUUUGGACUGGUUAACAGCAGGGGAGCCAUACAUCUCGAGCAAACUGAAUGAAAAAUCAGCUCAGAGGAGAGAAAAAAAGGAGCCUAGCCCUUAAUUGAUGAAUAAUUGAAGCGGCGAGCUACAGGGCAUAAUUGUGACAUUUUGUUUCAAUCAAUUUCCAAGUGGUGUGGGCGAAAGUGCACUUAAAGCGAAAAGGCAGUGACAGUGAAUGCGAAAGAAAGGGAGAGAUGGAUAGAGAAAGAGAAUGGAUGGUGAUGGAAAUGAACGCGUCUUCAGUCACUGAAAUGACAUUUGGUGGAGCAAAAGAUGGGAACAAAUGACUUCCCUCCUUGUCUACCUCUUAAUUCUGCUCCAACUCAUUGUAUGCUCACUUUUUUUUUUCUGCCUGCCACUGGAUGUAUUUUUUUUUUUUUUUUU